CCUACCUUGCUGUAGAGCGAGCGGAGCGGGGACUGCGCACCACCUCCGCCCGCAGCGGCCCGCACAAGGGCCGGGGAUGGCGUCGCUUGGCGUGGGGCUGCAUGUCAUCCGCAGGCGUGGAGCAGGCAGGAGCGCCGUGGUGGAGAGGAGGAACCUGCUCACGGUGUGCAGGUUUUCAGUGAAGACGCUGCUGGAUCGCUCCUGUUUUGAGACGAUAGAUGACUCCUCUCCAGAGUUCGUUAACUUUGUUUCCAUCCUGGAGCACAUCCUCAGCCAUCGACUCAAAGGUCAGACAUCUUGGUUUGGCUAUGAGAGUCCACGGAGUUUCUGGGAUUACUUGAAAGCCGCCUGCAGCAAAGUUCCUCAUAACUGCAUCCGAAGCAUCGAGAGCAUGGAGAAUGUGCGCUCCUCGAAAGCUAAAGGCAGGGCAUGGAUCCGAGUGGCCCUGAUGGAGAAAAGAUUAUCAGAAUACAUCUCGUCUGCACUGAAGGACUUCAAAAUCACAAGGAGGUUUUAUGAGGAUGGAGCGAUCAUGCUGGGAGAGGAGGCGGGGCUGUUGGCAGACACGCUCAUUGGACUCAACACCAUUGACUUCAGCUUCUGCCUGAAAGGAGAGAGUCUGGAUGGCAGCUUCCCCGCUGUGAUCGACUACUCGCCAUACUUGAAGUACUUUCAGAAUGCGGACAGCAUCAGCAGCGACGAGGAGGAGAUGAGGACUCUGGGGAGCAGCGGCAGCGAGAGCAGCACCCCGGACAAGAUGGCCACCGCUGCCUCCAUCUUCACAGAGCAGAGCAACUUGGUCAGCAAGUGCAAACGCUUUGAGCAGAAGUACCGAAUGUCUUUGGAGCAGAAGGGUUACCUGGAGGAGCUGGUCGGUCUCCGAGAAGCCCAGCUGUCCGAGGCUGUGUCUCACAACAAAGCUCUUCAGCAGAGCCUAGCAGACACACACCUCUCCCACACACUGGAGAAGGAGCAGCUUGAGUACAUCGUGCUGGAACUACAGGACCAACUGACGGUGCUGAAGAACAAUGAUUUGCAGUCCAGGCAAGAGUUAACGGCCCAUCUGACCAAUCAGUGGCCAUCUCCUGUCGCCUUGGAUACCAACGCUGUUGCCUUGGACACGCUGCUGUACAGGAAGAACACGGGACAGUGGGAGGAGAAGUGUUUCCAGAGUCUGGAGCAGCUGUCUGCAGACAUGAGCCUCUCCCAGUCGUCUCUUGAACCCUCACACACACAGAGUCUGGAGGGCCGGCUGACCGGCACACACUGGCACCACAGAGAUAAAGAGGAAACUCUGUCUCUAAGAGGUCUGUGUGGCUCCCUGACUUCAGUCACCAGCUACAAGUCUCUGGCCAGCCUGAAGUCCAGCGAGUGUUUGGCCAGUCUUGCAACCGAGAUCAGCAGUCCAGGCUUCACCCCGUCCUAAUGACCGCAGAGCUGAAUACACACAUCUUCACCAGGGACACACAAUCCAGGAACUUUUCUAAAUGUAUGGGAUAUAUAUUUGGAGACUCUUUAUUUUAUGAAUGUUGAGCAUAGAGCUUUAACAGCAGGAAUUUAGGUUUGCAAGUUGAGAAUCUGUAUUAAAAUAUUGUAUUAAAACUCAAAAGCAGCUUUAUCAAACUGAAUGUCCACUGUAGCCGUUCAGCUGAUGCAACCUUUCAUUCUUUAUGGAGGCUCUACUUCUGCUGUUACUUCAUCAAUGUGUUUCAAUUAUUUAUUGAUCUAUUUUUUUAUCUGUCUAUUUUCUGAAAUAAAUGAGAAUAAGUCAGCUGACCGAAGGAUUGAAAGGUUUUCCAGGAAAUCUUGGCAUGCUCAAAAUACUGACUGUAGAUCUGAUCAGUUCUGAGAAGACUCAAUAUUGAUGGCCUUGAUCAGUCUCCUUUCAUUAUGAAUCAUUUCCUGCAGUUCAAAGGAUCGUUCAUUAUUUUCUGUGGGGCCACUGCAUUGAUAUAAUAGUUUUUAUUGUUAUUGUUAUUAUCUAGAAAUGUAUUUAAUUUGACUUCCACUUUCGUCACAUAAUGCUGUGUUACAUUUUGUGUAAAUGUUUUUUUAAUUCAUCAGGGUUAUGUUGUCAAUGUUGUGCAUUAUUUAGUGUCAUGUUUUGUUCUCAGGUAUUAAUCCUCACAAUUAUUAUUCACAAUUUACUGCUAGGUUUACUUUAAAGUUCAGCUUUAUCAGACACAGAAUCCUGUUAUUCUUGACAUGAAUUAUUCAAAUGCAGUAUUUUAAUUGCUAGUUACCACAAAGAUCAUUUCUAAAACUUACCUGUGUUACAACCAAGCAUUUUGAAUAAACUGCGCUUAACCCAAACUGAGAA